CCCGGGACUGUGUAAAAUGGCAGACAGGGAUUAAGAAGCCUAGGGAAAACAAAUCAAAACCAAUUUCUGACAGGGCAAAAGUAAGUUAGGUAACCUGUCCCUCUGUUCUAACUAAAUCUUAAAAAAACCAUUUCUUUAACCCAAAUUACCAAAGUCAGAUCCAAGAUUUCUCAAAUCUCUUCCCUAUAAACCUCUAAAAACUCAUAUUUGACCAUUUCUACAUACACCCUUUUCAGUUUUACUGAAUCUUGGUCUCAUGUCUUGUUCAAUAUUUAUGCUCUUAUUUGCUCUAUUAUUUAUUUCAACCUUGCAACAAUCUGCUGGAUCUCAACGUGGUAUUCUUCGUGUGAUUAGUAGUAAACAAGAACCUGAUUUUGCUGUUGAAUUAAAUGCAACCAACUUUGAUUCAGUGCUUAAAGAUACGCCUGCCCCUUAUGCCAUUGUUGAAUUCUUUGCACACUGGUGCCCUGCUUGCAGAAAUUAUAAGCCACAAUAUGAAAAGGUUGCAAGACUCUUCAAUGGAGCAGAUGCCAGUCAUCCCGGAAUCGUAUUAAUGACGAGAGUUGACUGUGCAUUGACGAUAAAUUCUAAUCUUUGUGAUAAGUUCUCUGUGAGGCAUUACCCCAUGCUUCUCUGGGGCCCUCCUAAGAAGUUUGUUGGUAGUGGUUGGGAUCCAAAACAAGAAAAUAGUGAAAUUCGCUCCAUUGAAAAUGGACGCACAGCUGAUAUCUUGCUAGGCUGGAUCAACAAACAACUGGGAAGCUCAUAUGGCUUCGAUGAUGGGAAGUAUGAGAAUGAGCAUCUUCAGAGGAACUUUUCGGAUCCUGCCCAGAUUGCCAAAGCUAUAUAUGACGUUGAGGAGGCAACAUCUACUGUCUUUGGCAUUAUUCUAGACCUCAAAAUGAUUAAACCGGGGACGAGGGCCUCACUUAUAAAAUUCCUUCAACUUUUGGUGGCUCAUCAUCCUUCGAAGAGGUGCCGGAAGGGAAGUGCAGAUAUACUGGUUGACUUUGAUAAUCUGUGUCCAUCAGAUAUAUUAUCAGCGAAUAACGAGGAGACUGACAGUUGUAGCAAAAAGGGCGCACUGGGAAAUUACCAAAUUUGUGGGAAAGAGGUUCCUCGUGGGUAUUGGAUGUAUUGUCGUGGCAGCAAGAAUGAUACCAGAGGUUUCAGUUGCGGUUUGUGGGUGUUGUUACACUCACUCUCUGUCAGAGUUGAGGAUGGGGAAAGUAACUUAGCAUUCAGAACCACCUGUGAUUUUAUUCACAACUUUUUCAUCUGUGAGGAAUGUAGACAACACUUUUAUGACAUGUGUUCAAGUGUAUCUAGUCCUUUCAAGAAAGCGCGUGAUUUUGCCCUCUGGUUAUGGAGUGCUCACAACAAAGUUAAUGAGAGACUAAUGAAAGAUGAAGCAUCACUAGGAACAGGUGAUCCUGAAUUUCCAAAAGUUAUUUGGCCUACAAAGCAGCUUUGUCCAUCAUGCUAUCUCAACCCAGACAAAACGAGCAACGAAAAUAGUAAGAUUGAUUGGAAAGAGGACGAGGUCUUUAAGUUUCUGGUUAGUUACUACGGGAAAGAGCUAGUGAAUCUCUACAAGGACAAAGAACUGCAAGCACGUGGUGGGACCGAAAAAGCAGUUACCGAGGAGUUGGUAGCCUCAACAAAUGCAGUUGUGGUUCCACUGGGAGCUGCACUGGCAAUUGCAGUUGCAAGCUGUGCAUUUGGAGCGCUAGCUUGCUUUUGGCGUUCUCAGCAAAAGAAUCGGAAGCCAAGGAGGAGCUGGAACUGAGUGUGUUAAAUGGGACAGAUCUACACAUGGUGUAUAUUACAGAAACAAGUCAAACGAGGCUCGAUGUAGGAAACAAACUGAGAGGACUCUAAUGUGGAUCUCUACUGCUAGAGAUUUUAAAUACAUCUUUUUCAUUUUUCCCAAAUGGAGUGUACAGAUUUACUUGUAACAGAAAAAGAUGUUAUUUUGAGAACCUGCAUUUUGCUCCUCAGCUAUUCCUUCCAUCUGGUCUUGGAUUCUUGAUUUUAUAUGUGGAGAUAUUUGUGUGCCAGCGCCAAAUAUGCUAGAAUUUAAAUGUUGUCGGUUAUGAAUUGAGAAUAGUAGGUUCUAAAAUGUAUAUUUAACUUUAUAUAUU